ACAUAUUUUAAAAAAAACAAUUGCAGAGCUAAAAACGGCCUUCACAGAUAAAUGCAGUUUUGUUCCACCAUUCUUAAAACAGGGAUCUGAUUCAGCAGUUUAUAUUGCAGAGGGCUGAUAUUCUUAUGACUGGAGUUCCUUUUUCUAUUGAGAAGCAGGGAAAUUGCUUUGAUAGGCUAUUCUGUCGCCUGCCCCCAACAUAUAUACACAUAAAUACAUUUUGCUCCUUGCAUUUGACAGAGAUUUGAUACAGAAGCUUGCUUGUUUUUGUGGGAGAGAGGCAAUGGUAUCUAAGGGAAUGUUGUGGGUGGGGCAGAAAGAGGUGUGGAAAGAGGGUCUUGUUCUCAAACCAGACAGAUGUUGGCUUCUCUUUGUUCUGAAGGCAGUGGGUGGGAGAUGGCUAAUCCUAUCAGGCUGGAGUCCUCCUAAUCAAACUGGAGUUCUGCUGCAGUCAGGAUUGUCAGGAGAAGAUCCUCGGAGGUCCCAGUCUCUCCUGAGCACUGCCCUGGAUGAAGGCUUCUGUUUCGCUGCUCCUCUGAGCCUCCAUCCACCAUGGAAGCAGCUCCUGAGAUGGAAUUAGCGCAAUCACCUCCAGCCCGUAACCUAAACGGCAACUGGCACUACCAAUUCCGCAUCCUUCUGCUGGGUGACUCCAUGGUGGGCAAAACGUCUCUGCUCAGAUGCUACACGGAGGGGUGCUUCGUUCCAUCCCCCUGCCCCACGGUGGGCGUGGAGUUCUACAGCAAGAUGAUGGAGCUGCCCCCAGGCAUCAAGGUGAAGCUGCAACUUUGGGACACGGCUGGCCAAGAGAGGUUCAGGUGCAUCACCAGAUCCUUCUACCGGAAUGCAGUGGGUGUACUCUUGGUCUUCGAUAUGACCAACCGGAGGUCCUUUGAGAGCAUCUUUGAUUGGUACCAUGAAGUGACCAGUGUUAUGGAGAAGGUCGUCUUCCUCUUGGUUGGCCACAAAAGUGACCUUCAGUCAAUGAACAGAGUCACAGUCGAAGAAGCAGAGGGACUGGCCAUUUCUUUGGGCACGCAAUUUAUUGAAACGUCUGCCAAGGACAACCUCAAUAUAGAUUUGGCUUUUGCGACCAUCACCAAUGCUAUCUACGAUGCUCUGAGAAACAAGGAGAUUGACCUGCAGGAAGGGUGGGAUGGUGUGAAGGUGAUCCAUAAGAAGAGAACUAGCGGUCUUCAGAGAAGGAAGAAGGCCCCGCAAGAAAAAUGCAAUUGCUAACCAAAGUCAAGGAGUGAGAUGUGGUUGGAAGGGGGCAGUGGGUGGGCUCUAAAGAGGAUAAAUGAGUGGAACUCUUUCAUAGCCAAGGUUCUGAGAUCCAAGCUGCAGAGGACCUCAAUGACUGGACCCUCAAAGUGGCAUUCACUCAUCAGCAUUCAAGACUGUUGCGGGAUGCAUACUGAUGAUGGGCAGGGCUGGAGUCAUCAGUGAGCUGAUAAUGCUAAGGUUGCAAGUUUGAUCCCUGUAUGGGACAGCUGCAUAUUCCUGCAUUGCAGGGGGUUGGACUAGAUGAUCCUCAGGGUCCCUUUCCAACUCUACAAUUCUGUGAUUCUAAGGCCAGAGCCCAAGUGAUGAACCCCCUCCCUGCCUUCAUUUCCCCCUCUUGCCACCUACUGGAAAUGAGGCUACAUUUGGCCCUGUGGCCACUGGCGGCUCACCUCUGCUGUAUGGAAACCAGAGAUACCCAAACAGACAUGGGAGUCAAAGAUGGUUUGGAUAGCACCAGAGCAGAUAGGAGAGAAUCUGGAAAACAAUUGUUUGCAGCUGAAAAGCUUGCCACACUGACCUUUCAAUGCAAGUGGUCUGCUAAAAUGCAUCUGAAUUGCUUUGAAAUGUUCAGAUUAUGAGAGCGUAUUCUUCAAUUGUUCUGCAGAAAAGCUAAGCAUAAUUUGCUGUGUAAAGAGCUGGGAAAUUGUAAGGGGAAUAUUUGUUUAUAGUUGGGGUGGGGAAAAGAUAAUGGGUGCAAGGAUAUUCAGAGUUCAGUCAUUUAGAUAGAGUCAACAUUCCACUAUAUUUGAGAAUACAAGAAAGAAAGAAAGCAAGCAAGAAAGAAAGAAAGAAAGAAAGAAAGAAAGAAAGAAAGAAAGAUUUUCAUCUUGAGUAGAUGACCUGGGGAUGCUGGGAAUGCUGGAGUCCCAUUUUAAUGUGAAACAAGGGUGCUGAUUUCAAAACAAUAAAAUAAAUUCAUACUGCUGAUUUA